AUACUUAAACGACCGUGGUUCAGCAGGACCUGGAUCCGCCAGGAAUUUUCUGCGGCACGAAGUCUGACCGUACAAUUUGGCAGCCUUGCUCUAUCCGUUGCCGAACUCAAGAAAGGCAGUUCAUCACUUGAAGAAUAUUUUCCCAAUCUUCAAAAGCUCUCUGCGGCACUGGACGCUUUGCGAGAUCCCUGCCCAGGCAUCCCAUCGACAAGCCACACAGUAAACUGAUGAGAUGGAUGUACAUCUUAUCGGGAAACGUUGGCUUUGAGUCUUCCGAUCCGCGUGAUAGGGUGUAUGCCCUGAUCGGAAUGAUGCUGGAGCAGGUCAAUAUCAAGCAUCACGGGUUCAUCACCGUAAUCGCCAGUGAUGAACAAAUUUAUCCCGUGGACUAUCGGAAAAAUACCGGAGAAGUCUACCAGGAUGCUAUCCAUUAUCUUGUUCAAAAUUCCCAAAGUCUAUUGCCUCUUCAUGUCUUUCGCUCCUAUACGCAAAAGGCAAUAGAUAUGCCAUCCUGGGUGACUGACUGGCGA